GACACAGAUAUAAUUUGGUUGAGGAAUCCAUUUAACCAGCUAAGCAAAAAUGAAACUAUGGACAUGCAAAUAAGUGUCGACAUGCAUAAUACAGAUUUAAUCAAUACUGGCUUCUACUAUGUGAAAUCCAACAACAAAACCAUAUCACUUUUCAAGAAAUGGUACCAACGCAAAGAAAACUCAACAGGGAUGAAAGAGCAAGAUGUUUUGGCGGGUUUAUUGAAUGAAGGUAUAUUUACCAAGCUAGGGUUGACCUUCAAGCUCUUAGACACUCUUCAUUUUAGUGGGUUUUGCCAAGAUAGCACCGACAUUCAAAAAGUCAUCACUGUCCAUGCUAAUUGUUGUCGCCAUAUAGGCGCCAAAUUUCAUGAUCUAGCUCGUGUUCUUCAUGAAUGGAAACAAUUUAAGGCGUCUCCAAGCACUAAUGUUAAUUUUCAUUGGUCACCUCAUACACAAUGUUGGAAUUCAUGGAAUGAUACAAAAUAUCGCCCCAUAUCUUAAUAAAUCUUCUACAUUUCAUUUCUCAA